AUGCCCGUGUGGUGCUGCCGCUGCUCCCUGGCCGGUCAUUUCAGAAACUAUAGUGACCCUGAAACUGAAGGAGAGAUUUUUAAUUCCUUAGUGCAGUAUUUUGGUGAUAAUUUGGGGCGAAAAGUUAAAGCUAUGCCAUUAGUUGAAGAAACUUCUUUACUUGAAGAUUCAUCAGUGACUUUGCCUGUGGUAGUAAUAGGAAAUGGACCCUCAGGAAUCUGCCUUUCUUAUAUGCUGUCAGGCUACAGACCAUAUUUAUCAUCAGAAGCAAUACAUCCAAACACAAUUUUACAUAGCAAAUUAGAAGAAGCGAGACAUCUUUCCAUUGUUGAUCAGGACUUAGAGUACUUGUCUGAGGGCCUUGAGGGUCGAUCAUCCAAUCCUGUUGCAGUACUUUUUGACGCACUUCUUCAUCCAGAUGCUGACUUUGGGUAUGAUUAUCCAUCCAUUUUGCAUUGGAAAUUAGAACAGCAUCAUUAUAUCCCUCACUUAGUUCUUGGUAAAGGUCCACCUGGUGGAGCUUGGCAUAAUAUGGAAGGCUCGAUGUUGACAAUCAGCUUUGGAAAUUGGAUGGAGCUACCUGGACUUAAAUUUAAAGAUUGGGUAUCUAGCAAACGAAGGAACCUAAAAGGGGAUCGGGUUAUGCCAGAGGAAAUAGCUCGCUACUAUAAACAUUAUGUAAAAGUCAUGGGUCUUCAGAAGAAUUUCAGAGAGAAUACUUACAUUACCUCUGUAUCAAGACUCUACAGAGAUCAAGUUGAUAAUGAUGGUCAAGACAGAGAUAUUUCAACACAGCAUUUACAGAUAGAGAAGUCAAAAUUUACCAAGAGAAACUGGGAAAUCAGGGGUUAUCAGCGAAUAAGAGAUGGUUCCCAUAUUCCCUUCUGUCUCUUUGCUGAAAAUGUAGCUCUGGCAACUGGAACAUUGGAUUCUCCUGGCCGUUUGGAAAUUGAUGGGGAAGAUUUUCCUUUUGUGUUUCAUUCAUUGUCUGAAUUUGGAGCCGCUAUAAGCAAAGAACAGUUGUGUGGCAAAGUGGAUCCAGUGUUAAUUGUAGGUUCUGGGCUUACCGCAGCUGAUGCAGUACUGUGUGCUUACAACAAUAAUGUCCCUGUGAUUCAUGUAUUUCGCAGACGAGUAACUGAUCCAAGCUUAAUUUUCAAACAGCUUCCCAAAAAGCUUUAUCCAGAAUACCAUAAAGUCUAUCAUAUGAUGUGUACUCAGUCAUAUUCUUUAGACUCAAAUCUUUUAUCUGAUUAUACCAGUUUUCCUGAGCACCAUGUGCUUUCCUUUAAGUCGGACAUGAAAUGCAUUCUUCAAAAUAUCUCUGGAUUAAAGAAAAUAUUUAAGCUCUCUGCAGCAGUAGUAUUGAUAGGUUCUCAUCCCAAUCUGUCCUUUCUGAAGGAGCAAGGGUGUUACCUGGGCCACAACUCAAGCCAGCCAAUCACAUGUAAGGGUAAUCCUGUGGAAAUAGAUGCAUAUACAUAUGAGUGUGUUAAAGAAGCCAACCUUUUUGCAUUGGGUCCUUUGGUUGGAGACAAUUUUGUUCGAUUUUUAAAGGGAGGGGCACUGGGUGUUACACGCUGUUUAGCUACAAGACAGAAGAAAAAAAAGCAGCAUUUAUUUGUUGAAAGAGGAGGAGGAGAUGGGAUAGCUUAGAGCAGGUUUACAAGUAAUUUAUAUGAACACUUUACCAUUAAAGAUUUUUAAUAGUG